AUGGCGGAAAAAUUCAAGGAUUUUCGGAUUCUCUCAACUACAUACAAGACGGUUGGAGAGCAUCCACUACAAGUCAACGUUCUGAUACCUCGAGCAUUGACAGAGGGUGACUGUCCAGUCAUUCUUCGCUUCCAUGGAGGCGGUUUUGUUACUGGAGACUCUCUACACCCCGAUUGGUUUCCCACUUUCCAGGUCGAAUUAGCUUUGAAGCAUAAUGCUAUAGUCGUCACUCCCAACUACCGGCUUCUGCCCGAGUCGAAUGGCGCCGACAUCAUGCAAGACAUGGACGACUUCUGGACAUGGGUCACGCGCGAGCUCGUGACUUUUGUCCAGGGCCAGUGUCCCAAGGUGAGGCCGAAUUUGGACCAACUUAUGACUGCGGGUGAAAGCGCAGGUGGUUACCUCAGCAUUCAGGUCGCCAUGGACCACCCCAAAGAAAUCAAGGCCUGCACCGCCGAGUUUCCGUCUCUUCAAUUGGAGUCGAGCAACUUUACCGAGCCCAGCGCGGAUAUCAAAUUUCCGCUGGCCAUUGUUGAAAGUCACGUGGCAUCCAUGACAGGAGGCCAAGUCGUCUCAUCUGAUCCGUCCAUUUCGAGAUUCCCUCUAAUCAUGUCCAUGACCGACAAUGGUGUGUUCCUUGACUACUUUGGUCGCGACGAGCGACUCCUUCCCUUUCAACGCGUGGAGAAGGGGGGCGAGAUACCGCCGCUCUUCAUUAUUCAUGGAGACGAUGAUGAAAUCGUUCCAGUCGAGGGCAGCAAGGCAUUUGUCAGUCUAUUGCAAGACAAACGACCUGGGUGUGCGGUUAAGCUCUCGACGGCACCUGGCGGUCACGGAUUGUGCGAGACCUGGCACAUGGACCAUCCUGCACUAGAAGGGGGUUUGAACUUUGCCAUCACUUCCUGGCUCAGCUAG